GUAUAAAUAUAGCUAAAGUUUGGGAACUUUCUUUUAUGAAGCACAAGGUCUUAGAACUAUUUGGGCCGGGCCUGCUUCGGCCCCUGAAUAGCUGAGCACGGCACCGACAAAGAUGACGUUAGAAAACUGACGUUGGCACCUUGAGAGGAAGAAGAAAGCGUUAUAAAAUACGUAAUAGUUUUAACAACGUUAAGUACUUAAGUUCCUGUGUUCUUGAUAUCAUACGAUGGCGAUCAUCUCUCCUACUAAGUCCCAUCAAGUGUUCUUCAACUACAGAGGAGAGCAACUGCGUCACAGCUUCGUGAGUCAUCUCACUGAUGCUUUUGAACGGCAUGGGAUUAACUUCAUCGUUGACAAAUACGAGCAGAGAGGCAAAGAUCUCAAAAAUAUCUUUGCAAGGAUCGAAGAGUCGAGCAUUGCGCUUGCCAUCUUCUCUACCAGGUAUCCUGAGUCGAGCUGGUGCAUGGAUGAGUUAGUGAAGAUGAAGAAACUAGCUGAUAAAGGGAAGAUCCAAGUCAUUCCAAUCUUUUACAAGGUGAGCGCACGAGACGUGAGGAGACAGACGGGUAAGUUUGGAGAUAAAUUCUGGAAUCUCGCCAGAGCUUCUAUUACUAGCGGAGAUCAGAUCAAGAAAUGGAAGGAAGCGUUGGAAUGUAUAUCAGGAAAGAUGGGUUUGUCGUUGAAAAACAAGAGCUGUGAAGCUGAUUUCAUCAAGGAAAUUGUGAAGGAGGUUGUGAGAGUUAUAGAAGCACCUGAACUCGAGGAAAAGGAUAAUCAUGCUGAGAAGAAAAAGAGAACGCAUCGCAGUUGCCUAUGUGAGCUUCCCCAUUUCAAGAGGAGCAAAACCCUAACAGUUUUUUUUUUCUUUUUUUUUUCUUUCUUGUUUUAACCCUAAAAGUCUAGACGUAACUGAAUUUUGUAAUUUGUCAUGUUAAAUUCUUCUCUUUAUCUAAGUGUUUUCUUUCUUUAGCAUAUAUCCAAGGCAGGAGCGGAGCUAUUCAAGGCAUA